GGGACAUGGGCGGGGCUGAGGCGCUUCUCCUUUCCCCUCCAUUCUUAGUGGGGCGGCAGGGCUGGAGAGACCUCCGGGGAGCACAGUCGCCAGUCCAGCACGGAGACCCACCUGGCGGAGAAAAAAAAAAAUAAAGAAAAAAAAAACUGCGCCUCACACUUGCCAGGAUUGCCAAAUAUUUCCGAAAAAUACACCUGCUAUUUAUGGCAUGUGGCUUGUAACUUUACUCCUGCUGUACUCUCUUCAAGAAGUACACAGUGAGGAUGUGGGCUCUACCAGGCUGUACUUUGUGAAUGCCUCCCUGCAGAGGGUAACCUACUCCAGCUCGGUGGGGGUGUCCCUACCCUGUCCAGCAGGGGGCACCCCCAGUGCCAUUCUGCGCUGGUACCUGGCCACCGGCGACGACAUCUACGACGUGCCCCACAUCCGCCACGUGUACGCCAAUGGCACCCUGCAACUGUACCCCUUCUCGCCCUCCGCCUACAACAGCUACAUCCACGACAACGACUAUUUCUGCACUGCCGAGAACCAGGCGGGCAAGAUCCGUAGCCCCAACAUCCGAAUCAAAGCUGUUUUCAGGGAGCCCUACACGGUGCGGGUGGCAGACCAGCGCUCGAUGCGGGGCAACGUAGCCGUGUUCAAGUGCCUCAUCCCCACAGCCGUGCAGGAGUACGUCAGCGUCGUGUCCUGGGAGAGAGACACGGUCUCCAUCAUCCCAGGUAACAGGUUCUUGCUGACCUCCUUCGGGGCUCUUUACAUCUCAGAUGUUCAGAAGGAGGAUGCCCUCUCCACAUACCGAUGCAUUACCAAGCAUAAAUACAGCGGGGAGACGCGCCAAAGCAAUGGAGCCAGGCUCUCUGUAAUGGACCCCAAUGAGUCCUCACCCACCAUCCUGGACAGUUUCCAAGGAGGGGAGGUGUAUGCAGGCUAUAGUAUCGAGCUUCCCUGCAUAGCAGGAGGUUAUCCCAGCCCCACUGUGCGCUGGCUGAAAGAUGGCCGCCCACUGCCCUCGGACACCCGCUGGACACGGCGUUUGACGGGGCUGACCAUCAGUGACCUGCGACAGGAAGACAGUGGCAAUUACGCAUGUGAAGUCACCAACAGCUUUGGCUCAAAGGAAGUGUCUGGACAGCUUCACAUAAUAGAUCCACUUAGAGUCACCUUGUCCCCCAAGAACCUGAAAACUGGCAUUAGCAGCACACUCUUCUUCACCUGCACUGUAGAAGGUUCGCCAGAAUACACCAUCAGUUGGUACCGAAACACAGAGCCCAUCUUCCCCGACCAGCACAUCUCCAUCCAGGGGCAACACAAUGACACACUGCAGAUCACUGCAGCACAGAAGUUCCACUCUGGGGCAUACCAGUGCUUUGCUUCUCGCAAGGGUCACACAGCUCAGGACUUUUCAAUCAUUCUGCUGGAGGACGGUACCCCUCGUAUCGUGACGUCCUUCAGCGAGCGGGUGGUGAACCCCGGCGAGCCUUUCUCCCUCGUGUGCGAGGCCAAAGGAGCACCGCCUCCCUCCAUCACCUGGACGCUAGAUGACGAGCCUGUGGUGAGAGACUCCACCUACAAGACCAGCCAGUACACCCAAUCGGACGGCCUGACCGUGUCCCACGUCAACGUCAGCAACCCGCUCAUCCGAGAUGGGGGAGUCUACCGUUGCGUCGCACGCAACUCGGCCGGCAGCGCCGAGUACCAAGCGCGCAUAAACGUAAGAGGUCCACCCCGAAUUAGACCCAUGCGGGACAUGACCGCAGUGGCGGGCAGGAACACGUACAUAACGUGUCGCGUCAUCGGCUACCCGUACUACUCCAUCAAGUGGCUGAAGGAUGGGAUGCAGCUGCCCGAUAAUCACCGUCAAGUGUUGUUUGACAAUGGCACCCUGAGACUGACGGACGUGCAGAAGGGCGCCGAUGAGGGUACCUACUUGUGUAGCGUUCUGAUCCAGCCCCAGGUGUCAAUCAACCAGACUGUUCAUGUCACUGUCAAAGUGCCACCUCUCAUCCAGCCCUUCGACAUUCCCUCAACCUCGGUGGGGAAGCUCAUCUACAUCGCUUGUGUGGUGUCAUCCGGGGACAUGCCCAUACGCAUUACCUGGCACAAAGACGGCCAGCUCAUUGUGCCGGGCCCAACCUCUGGCGUUGCAAUCGAGACCAAAGAGUUCAUGAGCUCGCUUCAGAUCUCCAAAGUGACGCUCAAGCACAACGGAAACUACACCUGCAUCGCCAGCAACGCCGCUGCUACUGUCAGUUGGGAGCGACAGUUGAUUGUUACCGUGCCGCCACGGUUUGUGGUGCAGCCCAACAACCAGGACUGCAUUUACGGCAAAGCCGGUGUGCUCAACUGCUCUGUAGAGGGUUACCCACCUCCAAAAGUCAUGUGGAAACAUGCAAAAGGUGUCGGAAACCCCCAGCAGUACCAUCCAGUCCCCCUUACCGGUCGGAUCCAGAUCAUGUCAAAUGGAUCUCUGCUGAUCCGACAUGUGCUGGAGGAUGACCGUGGAUACUACCUGUGUCAGGCCUCCAAUGGAGUUGGCUCUGACAUCAGUAAGAGCAUGAUCCUCACUGUCAAGAUUCCUGCCAUGAUCACCAGCCACCCCAACACCACCAUGGCGAGGAAGGGCCAGACCAAGGAGUUAAAUUGCACAGCUCGAGGCGAGCAGCCCAUCAUCAUCCGCUGGGAAAGAGGGGACACGGUCAUCGACGCGGAGCGAAACCCUCGAUACUCAAUCACCAUCAACAAGAAGGGGGAUGAAGUCAUCUCAACCCUAAAGCUUAACCCAGCAGAAAGAGGAGAUUCUGUCUUCUUCUCCUGUCAUGCAAUCAACUCCUAUGGAGAAGGCAGAGGCCUCAUCCAACUCACUGUGCAAGAACCACCGGAUCCCCCUGAGCUGGAAGUGAGGGAGGUGAAAGACCGGAGCAUGAACCUGCGCUGGAUCCAAAGAUUUGAUGGGAACAGCAUCAUCACAAGCUAUGACAUUGAGUACAAGAACAAAUCCGACUCUUGGGACCAUAUGUACACAACCAGGAACAUCUCACCCACCAACAACCAAGCCAACAUUGUAGAGUUGCACCCGGCCUGCGUUUACAGCAUCCGCAUGUAUUCCUACAACAAGAUUGGUCGUAGCCUUCCAAGCAAAGAGCUGACAAUCAGUACAGAAGAAGCUCCACCCGACGGGCCACCAAUGGAUGUAAUCCUGCAGCCCAUGACAUCACAGAGCAUUCGGGUCACAUGGAGGGCCCCAAAGAAAGAGCUGCAAAACGGUGUGAUCCGCGGCUACCAGAUUGGCUACAGAGAAAAUGGCCCAGGCAGCAAUGGCCAGUACAGUAUUGUGGAGAUGAAGGCUACUGGAGACAGUGAAGUGUACACCUUGGACAACCUCAAGAAGUUUGCCCAGUACGGAGUGGUGGUCCAGGCCUUCAACAGAGCUGGAACAGGCCCUUCUAGUACUGAGAUCAAUGCUACCACACUGGAAGAUGUUCCCAGUGAACCCCCACAGAAUGUACGAGCCAUCUCAGUGACUUCGGACGAGGCGGUGAUCACAUGGGCGGAGCCUCCACGGCUGACGCUGCACGGUGUGCUGAAAGGUUACCGGGUUGUGUUUUGGUCCCUCUUCCCCGACGGAGGUGGGUGCUGUGGGGGCCGGGCCCAGUGGCCAAUGCAGAAGUGGGGAGAGAUGCAGAACAUCACCACCACACGUGAGCAGGUGGAGCUGCGAGGCCUAGAGAAGUUCACCAACUACAGUGUUCAGGUCCUCGCCUACACCCAAGCUGGCGAUGGGGUCCGCAGCAACGUCCUGUACAUCCAAACUCGGGAAGAUCUUCCUGGCCCACCGGCUGGCAUCAAGGCAGUUCCCUCCUCUCUGAGUAGCGUGGUCGUGUCCUGGUUGCCUCCCCACAAACCAAAUGGUGUCAUCCGCAAGUACACCAUUUACUGCUCUAGUCCAGGGUCUGGACAGCCGGCGCCCAGCGAGUACGAGGCCAACCCAGAGAUGCUCUUCUACCACAUCACACACCUGAGCCGAGGCAAACAAUACCACAUAUGGGCUGCAGCCGUGACGACCGCCGGACGGGGCAACAUGAGUGCAAAGGUCAUUGUGGAGCCAGCCGGGAAAGUCCCAGCCAAAAUCUUGUCCUUUGGGGGAACAGUGACCACACCCUGGAUGAAGGAAGUACGUCUGCCCUGCAAGUCUGUGGGAGAGCCAGCGCCAACCAUCAAAUGGACAAAAGACAGUGAGGACUCGGCCAUUCCAGUGACAGCUGACAGUCAGCGGCAGAUCUUAUCAAAUGGCACGCUCGUACUGCGCUCAGUCAAAGCAGAAGAUUCGGGGUACUACACAUGCACGGCCACCAACACCCUUGGAUUUGACACCAUCAUAGUCAAUCUCGUAGUGCAAGUUCCUCCGGAUCAACCCCGUCUGACUGUCUCCACCACUUCCACCUCCUCCAUCACCCUGGCUUGGAUCCCAGGGGACAACGGUGGAAGCUCCAUUAGAGGAUUCGUCCUGCAGUACUCGGUGGACAACACAGAAGAGUGGAGGGAUGUGUUUAUCAGCUCCAGUGAGCGUUCCUUCAGGUUGGACAAUCUGCGUUGUGGAACGUGGUACAAGGUCAAGUUGGCAGCAAAAAACAGCGUGGGCUCAGGGCGCAUCAGUGAGAUCAUUGAAGCUAAAACGCAUGGCAGAGAGCCCGUGUUCAACAAGGACCAGCCACUGCUCAUGCACAUCAACUCCACGCAUGCGGGCCUCAACCUACAGGGCUGGACCAGCGGUGGCUGCCCUAUCACUGACCUGAUGCUGGACUUCAGGCCCAAAGGCACCUGGGCCUGGCAGAGCUUGAAGGCCAACUCCACCACUCAGCUCUUCCUCAGUGAGCUGCGGGAAGCAACAUGGUAUGAGCUGAAAAUGAAGGCCUGCAACAGCGCUGGCUGCGGCAACCAGAGCUCCCAGUUUGCCACCACCGACUACGACGGAAGUACAAUCCCUCCAAUUAAAUCUGCCCGUGGGGAGGGUGAUGAUGUCAAAAAGCUCUUCUCCAUCGGCUCUCCUGUCAUCCUGGUCACCAUUGGUGUUGCUUUACUCUUCAUUAUCCGCAAGAAACGCAAAGAAAAGAGGCUGAAACGCCUGAGAGAUGCAAAGAGCCUGGCUGAGAUGCUCAUCAGCAAGAACAACCGUAGCAUCGACACCCCAGUGAAAGGCCCUCCUCAGGGUCCAAGGCUCCACAUUGACAUCCCUCGAGUUCAGCUGCUCAUUGAAGACAAGGAAGGAAUCAAACAGAUAGGAGAAGACAAGGCAGCGGUGCCAGUGACAGACACUGAGUUCAGCCAAUCAGUGAAUCCACAGAACUUCUGCACAGGCGUAUCUCUUCACCAUCAAGCCCUCAUUCAGAAUUCCGGGCCUCUGAUUGACAUGUCAGACAUCCGUCCUGGCACAAACCCUGUUUCUAGGAAGAGCAUCAAAUCAGCUCACAGCUCCAGAAACAGAUACUCCAGCCAGUGGACCCUGAGUCGACCCAGUCAGAGCCAGUCCACAGCCUCCGCACGAACUCUGACCUCAGACUGGCGGACCAUGGGCUCUCACGGCAUCACUGCCACAGAGAGUGACAGCUACAGCGCCAGCCUCUCCCAAGACACAGAUAAGGGUCGCAACAGCAUGGUGUCUACAGAGAGCGCCUCGUCCACCUACGAAGAGCUGGCAAGGGCGUACGAGCACGCCAAGCUGGAGGAGCACCUGCAGCACGCCAAGUUCACCAUCACGGAGUGUUUCAUCUCGGACAGCUCCUCCGACCAAAUGACCACAGGCACAAAUGACCCAGCGGACAGCAUGACCUCCCUCAGCACGCCGUCGGAGCCUGGAAUCUGCCGCUUCACGGCCUCGCCGCCCAAACCACAGGACUACGACCGUGGUAAAAACGUGGCUGUGCCCAUUCCUCACCGCGCAAACAAAAGUGAAUUCUGCAAUCUACCCCUUUACAUGAAGACAGACCCAUUCUUCCGCAAGCAGGGGGAGCUUCACGAUCCUUGCCCGGCCGUUCCGCCGCGGGAGGCGUCCAUCCGCAGCCUGGCGCAGCGUGCGUAUCACACGCAGGGUCGCCACAAGACUCUAGACUCUGCCAAGCAGCAGGCCGUGACGCUGGGCCACUCCGGACUGGGCAGCUUGGGUGCGAGCUCAGGCACAGCCACCUUGCCCCAGAGGACUCUCACCAUGCCCAGCUCCAACGCGGCGGCCACCGCCUCCACGUCCAGCACGAGCAGCAACCCCACUAACAGCGGCAACAAGAUGGGCGGCUCCAGAGACUCGCUGCUGGAGAGCAGCUCCUCUGCUCUGGGCCGGCUGCAGAAACAGAGCGUGGGUGCGUACUCCAAGUCGUACACGCUGGUCUAGUCCAAUCAGUGCCAUCCCGCCCCUCAGCCGGCGCCACUCCAGUACCCUGCAGUCCGGGCCUCAAAGGGCAUGCCACCACCUUUUUUACCCAACUUAAGGGUGAGCUGCCCGUUGCCCUCUCCAUAGGUGUCCUCCACGACAGAGACCCAGCUAACUUUUGCUUUUUAAUCCUCACAUGGGACUCUAGAAAUGAACUACUAACUCCAACUAACAGUUCCAGCCGGCUGGUGCUCAGCUCCGCCCAGAGCAAAUUAUUGAUCAUACUGUACGUGUGGAGCGAAAAGCUCUGAGUCCACGACGACAAGGACUCCAAAUGCCCUCACCUGUCUCAUUUGCGCACACACAGUCCUUCAUAGUUUGAGUAUUACUGACAAUUUGGAGGACUUUGACUUCAGUUCCUUAUUCUUACUGUAUCUUUUACCCUACGUGUGUCUCCCUGAUAACUUUUGGCAAACUUCCUCUAAAAAUGAUCUUUCUGUAGACCGCCAUAUGAAUUCAUGGCAACCCAAAUGAACCAUCUGCAAUUUCCCCCGAGAAUGUUUGCUAUUAUAAAGAAUGAACAUAUAUAUUUCUAUGUAGGUAUACUGACAUCUAAGCUGAAAUUAUGACAAAGCAUAAAUGCUAUGUACUACAAUAGUAUAGUCCUAUUUACAGAAAUUUUAAUGACAAAUUUAAGAAGAACGAGACAAUCGCUCAAUCAAUAAAUAAAAAAAAUAAAGAUUUAAUAGAAGUUUGACUCGAGAAAGAAGUGUGGAUGUUCUGGAUGACGAAGCAUUAAAGUGUCUAUGGGAAAAGCAAGGAUAGGCUGCUUAUUGUUUAUUGCUACUAUUAUUAUUAUUAUUGUAUUGGGUGAAUGGAUGAUUAUUAGCAUUAUGGUUGGAAGUACCACAAGUCUUUUGAGUGCAUUUCAUGAAUAAAACAUUGACCACGUGGCUGGAUAAUUGUGUAACUUCAGCUCAUGCCAAGUGAAGCUCGUGGCGACCACCGAGCUCCCAGGAAUGAUGACAGUGACGUGAAAAGAUGUUAAUGUCAGGGAUUGGAGUUGUGAACGCGAUUAAAUUGUCACUCAUUGAAUAUCUUCGUCGGUGUCCCGUCAGAAGCACUGUAAAUGUCCCUCGAAAUGUGUACAUUCACACAAGCUACUGGAAUGUCUCUCUCAAGCAUCUCCAUCGUAGUGGCUUGUGCUUUAUAUUUAUUUCUGUGUAUCCAUUUGGUUGUUUAGGGGAGGGUGUUUCUGUUGGUCAUUUCAAUUAGCUUUUUCAUGAAAGUGUAGGUUGUAGAUGAAACUCAAGUGUAUGGCCUGUGGCUUCAACAAGUUCAGCCAAACCGAAUCAGGGACUCGUAGCUCGUUUGGUCACACAAACUACUAUUAUAUGUAUAUACAUAGUGGAGUGGGAAUGUAAAAGUAACACAUUCAGGCUCCUAACCCUUCCACUCCCUUUACAGAUGAAUUCAAGUUGCAAAUAUCCCUAGCCCGAACAUAUUAGAUGCAGAAUGGCUACCUUUGUCAGUGUUGUUUAUAGAUGAAGUCUUGUACAUAAAACACAGUUUUUGUAUGAAGAGCUAUUUUCGUCACAAUGCUUCAGGGGGCACAUCACAUUGAAUCCCCCAAUUUCAAGAAUUGAAAUGCUAUCCAAAAUACAAUAUUUUACUCCAGAAUGGGCAAAACACUUUUCUUUCCCUUCAUUUUGAUACAAAUGUGUUGAUUUUUUUUUUUUACAUUCUUUUUUAAAGGUAUUUUGAUGUUGUCAUUUGUCCCAUUCUUUUUUUUUUUAAUCUUUUUUUUUAUUUUUAUUUUGUUGAUCCUCUAAAAAGUCAUUGCAUGCUUGCUAAAAGGGAAAAGCAUUUGAAGGAGAAAAAAAAAUGUAUGAAAAUGAAAAACUUACAAAAAAAAAAAUGCUGAGGGUAUCCCAAACAUUUGUUUGAGUUGCUUGUUAUAGCAAUUGCUUGUGUUCAAAAGUACAUUUUCUAUGAAAAGAAAGCAAAAACUAAAAAGAUCAUUCUAACACCUUGUGCAAUAAAGCUAUCU